AGUGCUGCUCCUGCAGAAGAGUGUGGGGAUGACGGACUACAGGACACUCUUUUCUUCUCCAGGUGCUGGCUCUGCUGUGACCACGCCUGUUGUUCUCAGCCUCCUGCUCCUCCUUAGCCGGGCCGCCUCAGACCCAUGCUAUGACCCAGGAGGGCAGCCUCGCUUUUGCCUCCCACCAGUGACCCAGUUGGUUGGCAAGGCAGCAGCCCCCUGCUCUCAGACCUGUGCUCUUCCUGCAGCCAGUCCUGGCCCUGCCUGCAAUGGUAGUCUGACCCUGGACCUGGAUGGCUCCUUCCUCUUGACAUCUGUCACCCUGCGUUUCUGCACCGCAGGACCUCCAGCCCUGGUUCUUUCUGCUGCCUGGGCCAUUGGAGGCCCCUGGAGGCCACUAUGGCGUAGGCCUGCCUGGCCUGGGGUUCUGGGGGGGCCCAAGAAGGUAACCUUUCACUCCCUACCAGGCCCCAAGACCAGGAUAGUGGCCAGCUACCUCCGUGUGGAAUUCGGGGGGAAAGCAGGGCUGGUGACCACGGGAGUAAGAGGCCGCUGCCAGUGCCACGGCCAUGCUGCCCACUGUGCCACUCGGGCCCAGCCCCCACGUUGCCGCUGCCGCCACCAUACCACUGGCCCAGGGUGUGAAAGCUGUCGCCCGUCCCAUCGAGACUGGCCCUGGCGACCUGCCACGCCCCAGCACCCUCACCCAUGCUUGCCCUGCCAGUGCCACCCAAUCGGAGCAACGGGAGGGAUGUGCAACCAGACCAGUGGCCAGUGCUCCUGCAAGUUAGGGGUCACAGGCCUGACGUGCAAUCACUGUGGUCCUGGGUACCAGCAGAGCCGCUCACCCAGGAUGCCCUGCCAAAGAAUUCCAGAGGCAACGACCACCCUUGCUACUACCCCUGCUGCAUCUCGAUCAGACCCACAGUGUCAAGGCUAUUGCAAUGUCUCCGUCAGCAGUGUGCAUAUGAACCUUCAGAGGUACUGUCUGCAGGACUAUGUUCCCCAGAGGCUGAGGCAGAAGAAAUGCAACGAGUUCUGGAUCAGCUUAGGCUACAGAUUCUGCACGCCCAGGUUGCAGAGUCCGCACAGGUUUCAGCAUCAUCGUCGUCCUCGACGUCCUUGUCGGAGGCCGCAGGCCCGGAGUGGUGGCGGCUGGCCGUGCACGUGCUGGCAGUGUUCAAACAGCGUGCGUGGCCACCCGUGCGCCGCGGCGGCCAGGUGGCCUGGGUGCCCCGCGCUGACCUGUCCUGCGGCUGCCUGCGCCUGCGCCCUGGCGCUGACUACCUCCUGCUGGGCAGCGCUGCGGAGGACCACGCGGACCCUGCGCGCCUCAUUCUCAACCGCCACGGUCUCGCGCUGCCCUGGAGGCCACGUUGGGCCCGGCCCCUGCGGCGGCUGCAACAGAAGGAGCGCGGUGGCGCCUGCCGAGGCCUGCUGCCACCCACACGGAGUCCUGGGCCUGGGAACUAAAGUGAGCGACUAUCGAAGGUGUGAGUCCCCAGAACCAAUCAGAAGCUGCAGUGCCCGUGACGCCACUCCGCAUGGUCCUCUGCCACGUGGGCGCUAGCGACAUUUAGCAAAAGGCGGGAAGCUUCAAGCAGGCUUUUGGGACCGGAAGUGACUGCUUUGGCCCGUGAGCCUUAAAGGUUAUUU